AUGGAGGAACCAACCACCGCCCCGCCACCAAAGGCCGAAGCCCCUUUCCCCCUCACAGUCCGCUUCACCACCUCCCUCCCCGACCUCGACCUCGACAUCCCCCUCCCCAGCCGCACCACAAUCAUAACCCUCAAAUCACUCAUCCGUGCCUCCCUCCCUCCCUCCCACUCCCUCAACCGCCUCCGCCUCAUAUACUCCGGCCGCCUCCUCCCCGACUCCUCCCUCCUCACCACCGUUCUCAAACCCCCGCCUCCCCCACCGCCCCAAGCUGACCGAAAAGGCAAAGCCCCCGUCCCGCCCACACAACGCAUCUACAUCAACUGCUCUAUCGGCGACGCCCUCUCAGCCGCCGACCUCGCCUCCGAAGCUAGCAGCGCGCGGGCCCCCUCACCCGCCGCCCCUGUCGCUGCACCCACCACGACAGCGGCGCAGCCGCGCGGUUUCGACAGGUUGUUGACCUCGUCGUUUACCCCGGCGGAGGUGGGCGCGCUGCGGCUGCAGUUCAUGGCUGUGCAGGCGUCGAUGCAUACCCCUGAUACGAUGCCGUCGCCGACGACGCUGCGGAGGAUGGAGGAUGCGUGGCUGGAUGAUAACGGGAGUGGGGGUGGGGUGGCGGAGGUGGAGGCUGCGGGGGGGCGUUGGAUGAUUUGUUGUGGGGGCAUGUGAUGGGGUUUUUGUGGCCGUUGGGGGCGCUGGGAUGGUUGGGGAGGGAGGAGUGGGCGUGGAGUGAACGAAGGAGGAUGGCGGUUUGGAGUGGGGUGGUGUUGGGGAUGGGGUUUGGGUUGAUGAGGAUGAUGGGGUAGGGGGAGAGGGCCGACCGUUGUGUACUCUAUGAUGAAUGGAGAGAGGGAGGUGGUAUAAUAGGGCAGCGUAGCAUUGUGUUUGGGUUUGCGCACCUUUUGAGAUAUUGUGCAACAAACAAGCCAGACAGAUCAGCCCCGACUUCUCCGAGAAGGACGACAGAUCAGCCCCGACUUCUCCGGGAAGGACGACAGAUCAGCCGCCUCGACUUCUCAGGGAAGGACGACAGAUCAGCCGCCCCGACUUCUCCGAGAAGGACGA